GCUACAAAUCCCAGAAGGUGGGAGAUGGCUAGAGCAGAAGCAGCAUCUGCUCUGUGUAUCCUGUCCAGGAAGAUGACGCUCCUCCUUUCACUCCUGCUGACUCUUCUUCUAUCUCAUGAGGCUGGAGCUGAUGAGAUCAUUGGGGGUGAAGAAUCAAAACCACAUUCCCACCCUUACAUGGCAUUUCUGAAAAUCCAAAAAUACGGUUCCUUAUACCACUGUGGUGGGUUCCUGAUUCGGAGGGACUUUGUGAUGACCGCAGCCCACUGUACAGGAGACUCCAUGACAGUCAUCCUUGGAGCACAUAACAUCACAAAGAGAGAGGCAAGUUGGCAGACUCUUAAUGUUGAGCAUCAAUUCCCUCACCCGGAAUAUGAUCGCAAGAGGUUUAACAAUGACAUCAUGUUACUAAAGUUGGAAGAGAAAGCCAAACUAACUAUGGAAGUGGGGACUCUCCCCCUGCCCUCAACAUUCAAUUCUGCCUCACCUGGGAAAUUAUGUCAAGCAACCGGCUGGGGAAUGACAGGAGUAAAAUCCCCACCAUCAGACACUUUACAGGAGGUGAAACUGAGACUAAUGGAUCCCAUUAACUGCAAACCGUAUAAAGCUUUUGAUGAGAAACUCCAGUUGUGUGUGGGGAACCCCAAGUCAAUUAAAUCAGCAUACAAGGGAGAUUCUGGAGGACCCCUCAUUUGUUCUGGUGUGGCCCAAGGCAUUGUCUCCUAUGGACGAACAGAUUCACUACCUCUUUCAGUCUUCACUCGAAUUGCUCAUUAUCGCCCCUGGAUCAAUCAAAUCCUAAAAUCAAAUUAG